GUGAACUUAGGAAACUUUAGAAGCUGAGCACCGAUACUUUUUCGUGGUAAUAUCAAAGUUGUUUUUAUUGCGAAUAACUUUUUUCUCAUUUUGUUGAUGCGACCAGGUCUCUUACAGAUUCCAGAGUUUUAGUUUGUUAAAUGUGUUCCUAAGCAGGGAGAACCGUUUUACAUUAUUUUAUAGGUUCUUUAUGUGCUGAGUGCGAGCUCUAAAACAUGCGUAAUGAAUUAUAUAGAAAGCUGAAUAGGCUAAUUAUUCAUUCGUUUCUGUCGACAUUAGCCUAAAGUAAUUGGGUUGUAUAUAAAGAGUUUUCCUCGUAUACGUGUUCAAUUCGAAAAGACACCUUCACAUAGCUAUGUUAGGAAGAGAGAAAACUUCUGAGGAAGUGCAAACCCUAAGAGAGUGAAUUGGAUUUCUACAGCGACUGAAAGAACAGUUCAUCUGCAGAGCUAGUGAAUCACUUUUUCCAUGAAGAUAUUGCUUAACGCGGAAUAAUCAGUCCAAGGUUCACGAAAGAAUUGUUGUUUUAAUUGAAGAAAUGGUCGUUUGUUUUGUGUAGUUUGACUAUCGUGUAUUAACUUGGUGCAGGGGUGAAUAUGUCUCAUGGAUUUACAGCAUUUCAAUAGAUUUCAUUGGUCUGUGGAAACUUGGAAAAAGUUACUUUUGGAAGGCAUGUCUGCCUAGUGGAAUAACAGCGCCGCGUAAUUUUCUCCAUUGAAAAUAUCGUUUUGAAAACCAUGAACAAAUACUGCGGGGUGCGUUUAUUAAAAUUGAUUCGGUGGAAUUUAACGUUCGGUCGAGGAAUGUCAUCGGGAUUGUAGUCUGGACCUGGUGCAAUUUGAACGCGCGCUCAUGGAACUUCAGGUGGUAUGUGGACUGCUCUACUGCUUUCUGUUGCCGACGUUCUUGCUAGCAGCCUGCCUGUUUCGCUACAAUGCCCUGUCCCUGAUCUACCUGCUCUACCUGCUGUUACUGCCAUGGUUCCUGUGGCCCAACAAGCACACGCUGCAAGGUCAUACUGGACGCUUAAUCAAGGCUUUGUUUGGCACCAGUCUUCUCUUCCUACUGGCACAUGUGUCCUUCCAGAUCUGCCUGUACACCAUCCCUGAUCUGGACGAUGCCCUGGGACACAACUGUAGCUCGUGGGAGACGUUAUCGAGGCAUAUUGGUGUAUCCAGGCUGCCCCUGGAUGACGUGUGGAAUGUGGUGCGUCUGCUGACCCCUGACCUGGGCGUGUUUGUGAUCUCCCUAAUAACCCUGGUGGCCUGCAACAGGCUGCUGAAGAAGGGAGAAGACCUGCCGGUACUGUUGGACUCUCAAUGGGGGAGAGAGGAUGAGGAGGGAGAGGAGGAGGGAGAAGAAGGAGACGAGGAAGGCAGGUUGUCUCCCAGUGACCCUGGGGAUGAUGUGGUUUCUGCAACGACCCGUGCAAAGCAGCUGGCAGCCCGGCUUCGAGCCACAGCCCAGAAGGUCCUGCGGGACCUGGGCCGGAUCCUGGCUAUCACUCUGCUGGCCCUGGCUGGCAUCACGUUGCCCUCUGCCUUCUCCUCAAUGUACUUCCUGCUUUUCAUCUGUGUGUGCACGUGGUGGGCCUGCCACUUUCCCAUCAGCCACCUGGGCUUCAACACGUUGUGUGUGAUGGUGGGCUUCUUCACGGCGGGCCACCUGGUGGUCCUCUACAUGUACCAGUGCCCCAUUGCCCAGGGGAUUUUCCCACCAGCCAGCUUAUGGGCCAGACUAUUUGGCCUUAAGGAUAUCAUCAAACCCGGCAACUGCUCCGCCUCCUACGACCUUAACCUCAACACGGAGCAUGAUUGGCCUGUUUACGUCAACCCGGGCAUCCUGCUUCUCCUGUACGUCACCGUGGCGACGGUCCUGAAGAUCGGGGGCCACCAAGGAUCGGCCGACAAGGGUGAGAAGGAGGCCCGGGUGGACCGUGUGACAGAGCCUGGUGGAGGAGAGGAGGUGGAGCUCCGGCCCUGGUCCUCUCAGCGACAACCCAGCCAGGACGACACCGAGCACAUGCUCCUCUCUAUGGCGGAGCCCAUCGAGCACACGGUCACCAACGGCUCCAGUCAUCAGGACUUGGGCCCAGGGCUCAGUAGUGCCCCUGGUGGACAGCGCGAGGACCAUCCUCUGCAGCUGCUGGGUAGAGUGGUCAUGCAGCAGAGCUACGUGUGUGCUCUUAUCGCCAUGAUGGUGUGGAGCAUCACCUACCACAGCUGGCUGACCUUUGUUCUGCUGCUGUGGGCGUGUCUGAUCUGGAUGCUGCGUGCGAGGCGCCAUUUCGCCACGCUGUGCUCUCCCUUCAUCCUGCUGUACGGCCUGGCCCUGUGCUUCCUGCAGUACGUCUGGGCUAUGGAGCUGCAGCCGGAGCUGCCUCGCACCGUGGGCACCAUGAGCCUUAAGCAGCUGGGCCUGGAUCGAGCCCAGUACCCCUGCCUCCGCCUGGGGGCCAUGCUGCUAUACACGCUGACGUUCUGGCUGCUCCUGCGCCAGUCAGUGAAGGACAACUUCAGUAAGAAAAAAAGCAAGUCUACCCCGCUACAAGAGGUCACCACCGGAGAAGAGAGCGGGCGGAACGAGUCUGUUCUAAAGGUGGUGGGCAGACUGGUGAUGAGCUGCUAUGCCAAGUACUGGAUCUAUGUAUGUGGAGGCAUGUUCAUCAUGGUCAGCUUUGCGGGCAAGCUUGUAGGCUACAAGAUCAUCUACAUGCUGCUCUUCCUGCUAUGUCUCUGCCUCUACCAGGUCUACUACUCUCUGUGGAGAAGGCUGCUCAAGGUUUUCUGGUGGCUGGUGGUGGCCUACACCAUGCUGGUACUUAUCACCAUAUACACCUUCCAGUUUGAGGACUUUCCUGCCUACUGGAAGAACUUCACUGGCUUUACAGAAGAGCAGCUGGCUGACAUCGGGCUGGAGACCUUUAAGCUGUCAGAGCUGUUCACCAGCAUCCUAAUCCCAGGCUUCUUCCUGCUGGCCUGCAUCCUGCAGCUUCACUACUUCCACAAACCCUUCAUGAAGAUCACAGACUUGGACCACGUCACGCCCAUUCAUAGGAAGAGGAACCGCCACAGACCAGAGGUUGUCCACUCUACUGAUGGGGCAGUGUUUGAGGAGGAGGAAAUGGUGAUGGAUCUGGAUGAUGAAUCGGAGGAUUAUGAGAUGAUGCCCAGUAAGUGGGGUUUAGUGGUGAACAGGCUGAUAGUUCUGUUCAGAAAGUUCUCUGACACGCUCACUCAGAUCCAGGUGUUCAUUUGGAGGGUUCUGGAGCAACACAUCCUCAAGAUAGUGGCCUUCUUCGUGGUCUGGGUGGCUCUGGGAGAGCCGUCGGUGAUGAAUCUGGUUCUAGUGGUUCUCUGGGCUUUUGCCAUGCCCUUCAUCCGCUUCCGUCACAUGGCCUCCUGUCUGUCCACUGUCUGGGUCUGUGUCAUCAUCGUCUGCAAGAUGCUCUACCAGCUCAGCGUUGUCAACCCCGCAGAAUACUCCAACAACUGCACUGUGCCCUUGGCCAAUGAAACCAACCUGAAUGAUCGGGAGGUCCUGAACUCCACACUGUACAGAGAGCCCGUGGACCCAGCCAACUGGUUUGGAUUCAGGAAAGAUGCCACAGUACUGGGCUAUACCAAGAACCACCUGCUGGUGUUGAUGCUGCUAGUGUUUGAGGCCACAGUGUACCGCCACCAGGCUCACCACUACAAGCAGCAGCAGAAGUCCGCUCCCAUCAUCCCAGCCAUCUUCCCUCAGGCGACCAGAGACACACUGGAUCAGGAUCUGCUGGCCUGCAUAAAGUACCUGCUCAACUACAGCUUCUAUAAGUUUGGUCUGGAGAUCUGCUUCCUGAUGACUGUGAAUGUUAUUGGCCAGCGGAUGAACUUCCUGGUCAUAAGCCAUGGCUGUUGGCUGGUGGCCAUCAUGGUACAGCGUCGUCGGGCAGCCAUCGCUCAGAUCUGGCCCAAGUACUGCCUGUUCCUCAGCAUCUUCAUGAUCUACCAGUAUAUACUGUGUGUGGGCAUUCCCCCAGCUCUAUGUAUGGACUACCCCUGGCGUUGGAAAACCCCAGUUAUGAUCAACUCGGCACUCAUUAAAUGGAUCUACCUUCCUGACUUCUACACCAUCCCCAACUCCAAGAACCUCAUUGCGGACUUUGUUCUCCUGAUGUGUGCCUCACAGCAGUGGAAAGUGUUUGAGCAUGAGAAGAAGGAAGAGUGGAUGGUUCUGGCUGGGGAGAACACAGAUGAUCCUGACCCCAUGGAGGGACGACUUUUCAACCCCGCCCCCAACUUCAUCAACUGCAGGUGUUACCUUGACAUGGCCAAAGUGCUGGUGUUCCGUCACAUGUUUUGGUUCGUCUUGUCUGUGGUGUUUGUCACCGGUGCUACCAGGAUCAGUGUGUUUGGCCUGGGCUACCUGCUGGCCUGCUUCUUCUUCCUGCUGUUUGGCAAGCGGCUGCUCCGGAAGCCCUCUCGCACGCGUCUUGUCAUGUGGGACUGUCUUAUUAUCUACAACGUGGCGGUCAUCAUCGCCAAGAACAUGCUGUCUAUUUUGGCCUGUGUAUUUGUGAUGGAGAUGCAGAAAGGUUUCUGCUGGGUGAUCCAGCUCUUCAGUCUGGUCUGCACGGUCAAGGGCUACUACGACCCUAACGAUUUGAGUGAUAAGACCUGUACGCUGCCAGUGGAAGAGGCAGGGAUCAUCUGGGACAGUAUCUGCUUCUUCUUCCUCCUGCUGCAGAGGAGAGUCUUUCUGAGCUGUUACUUCCUGCAUGUGACAGCUGACCUGAAGGCCUCGGCCCAGCAAGCCUCCCGGGGCUUCGAGCUGUUCAGGGCCAGCAUUGUAAAGGACAUGAUCUUCCACCAGGAGGUUGAGAAGAAGUCCCUCUCGCAGCUGAAGAGAUCGAUGGAACGGAUCCGCUCAAAACAGGAAAAGUGCAAAGAGGGCCGUCGGAAGUCAGAUGCCAAGGACGAUUCGGCCUCAGAGACACAGAAGGAAAAGAAGAGUCACAAACGUGGCAAGAAGUGGCACGAGCCCUGGCUGGACCAUGCCAAAGUGUUGCAUUCUGGGGAGUAUUACCUGUUUGAGUCGGACAGUGAAGAAGAAGAAGAACUGUUCUCAGAGGAACAGAAGCCUCAGAAACCAACUGCCUUUCAGCUGGCGUACCAGGCAUGGGUGACCAGUGCCAAGGCAACACUGAGAGAACGCCAGAAGAGACAGAAAGAACAGAGGAGGCUGGAGAGAGAGGAGAAACAUCAGAGAGAACAGGAGGGCUGUCCAGCAUCAGGUCAUGAAGGGAAUGUGGAGUUUGAAGAAGGUAUCUCGCAUGACGACCCAGAAAACGAGGAGCUAGGAGAUGGCUCAGGGAAGGCAGACAUUGUGCAGAGGAUCCUGGACAUCCUCAUGUUGCUGUGGGUUGUGUUCCUGGCCAUGGUCGACGGUCUGACUGAGUGGCUCAACCUCAUCACCAAGCAGUACGUGGACACUUCAACAGUGCUGUGCAACGAACGCUACCUUCUCAUCCACAACAUCAGCCAGAAGCCUCUGACAGAUCCAAUGGAUGACCGGUUGUCCCAGGGCAGUGAAAGCCCCACCCUGGAGACCUGUCUUGGGGACACAGAGGGUGACACCGACCAUAAUACCAGCGGUGCCGCCAGUGGCUUGGAGCUGGACGAGCCCGAGUGUCAAAGUAGCACCAACUUGUGUUGUUCGGAGCCCACCUUGGAGCUGCUGGGGGUGGAGCCGGAGCCAUCGCACAAACGCCACCUACGCCACUCCAGGACGGCCAGCGAGAUGCUCUCUGACGGGCAGUUCUUUGUAGAGGAGCUGGUCCAGUCUAGAGAGUUCUACUCGUCUCAGAACCGCAUGCUGAAGCUGAUGUUGGCCCUCUACAACCUGCUGGCAGCCCACUCUGAGCUGGUGUGCUACUUCAUCAUCGUGCUCAACAACGUGGUGACGGCGUCCGUCAUCUCCGUGGUGUUGCCAAUCCUCGUCUUCCUCUGGGCCAUGCUGGCCGUGCCGCGCCCAACCAAGAGGUUCUGGAUGACCGCUAUCAUCUACACCGAGGUCAUGGUACUGGUAAAGUACCUGUUCCAGUUCGGUUUCUUCCCUUGGAACAGUGGGAUUGAACUCACGCUGAACGAGGACAAGCCUUUUUUCCCCCCUCGGAUUCUGGGUCUGGAGAAAACAGAUAACUACAUUCGCUAUGACCUGCUGCAACUGCUGGCUCUCUUCUUCCAUCGCUCACUGCUGCAGCGGUAUGGUCUGUGGGACCAGGAGGGUGCUCUAGAAGAGAAGCCCUUUAGGCCUUCAAAGAAGGCCAAAAAGCAGGAGGGAGCUGAGGUAGAGGAGGUCCAUGUCUAUCCCAGCCCUGGGCCCAGCCUAGUAGACCUGGAGGAACUCAGACUGGAUCAGGACCAGAAAACCGAACUUGAUUCCCAACCAAAGCCUGAAGCAACUGAACCAGAGCCCAGCACAAGCUCAGCACACACCCCAGAGCCCCCUGGCCCCCCUGAGGAGGGAACCAAGAAGAAGGGCAGCAUCAUGCGCUUCCGCAAGAAAAAUCCACUGAGCAAAGAAGCCUUAGAUGUCAAGGCUGAGAAGAAGGAGCAGAAGGAGCAGAAGAAGGAUCAGAAGGAGCAGAAGAAGGAGCAGAAAAGGCAGCAGAAGGAGCAGCAGAAGGGUAAACGCAGAGAGGCAGCCAGUAAGAAGCUUGUAGCGGUGGGAGACAAGAUCAAGCACCUCACCAUCACUGCUCUGCGGAAUGUCUACAAGCCCUGUCACUCGUUCUUCAGCGACAUCUUACGUGCACCGUACCGCGCUGCUACAGAUGUCUACGCCCUCAUGUUCCUCACUGACGUGGUGAAUUUCAUCAUCAUCGUCUUUGGUUUCUGGGCCUUUGGAAAACACUCAGCAGCAGCAGACAUUGCCUCCACGCUGUCCGAUGACCAGGUUCCCGAGGCCUUCCUGGUGAUGCUGCUCAUCCAGUUCAGCACCAUGAUCAUCGACCGGGCACUCUACCUUCGCAAGACCGUCCUUGGGAAGCUCAUCUUCCAGAUCAUUUUGGUGUUUGGCAUACACAUCUGGAUGUUCUUCAUCCUGCCUGCGGUCACUGAAAGGAUGUUCAAUCAAAACUCGGUGGCUCAACUCUGGUACUUCUUCAAAUGUAUCUACUUUGCCCUGUCGGCAUACCAGAUCCGCUGUGGCUACCCCACCCGAAUCCUGGGCAACUUCCUCACAAAAAAGUUCAACCACCUGAACCUCUUCCUCUUUCAGGGGUUCCGCUUGGUGCCCUUCCUGGUGGAGCUGCGGGCUGUGAUGGACUGGGUGUGGACUGACACCACACUGUCCCUUUCCAACUGGAUGUGUGUGGAAGACAUCUACGCCAACAUUUUCAUCAUCAAGUGCAGCCGGGAGACAGAGAAGAAAUACCCUCAGCCUAAGGGCCAGAAGAAGAAGAAGAUUGUAAAGUAUGGUAUGGGAGGACUGAUCAUCUUCUUCCUAAUCUGCAUCAUCUGGUUUCCACUGCUCUUCAUAUCAUUGGUCAGAUCGGUGGUGGGUGUGGUCAAUCACCCAGUGGAUGUCACUGUGACAGUCAAUCUGGGAGGAUAUGAGCCCCUGUUCACCAUGAGCGUCCAACAGCAGUCCAUUCAGCCAUUCACUGAAGAGGAAUACAACCGUCUGAACACUGACUUCUAUGACAAUGCUGUGGCUAUGCAGUUUAUCACCCUGUAUAGUUACGAGGACUUAGUGACCGCUAAGAUUGAGGGCAGCUCAGGGUCAGUGUGGAGGAUCAGCCCACCUAGCAGACAGGAGGUGGUCAAGGAGCUGCUGGGCAGCCCCAUGGAUGUGACGUUGAGGCUGGCCUGGACCUUCCAGAGGGACCUUGGCAAGGGUGGCACUGUGGAGAACACGUCUGGCAAACUCUCCAUCAACCUGGAACCGGGCAACCGAGUUAGAGCAGACCUGGCUUCACUGCUACUGGGGAACCGCACUGAACCUGUACGUGUACCUCACAUGUUCCCCAACUACAUCCGAGCCCCGAAUGGAGCAGAGGCCAAGCCGGUUAGCCAGCUGUAUCAAGGUGGUGAAGAGGGCUACCAGGAUGUGACUCUGUCUCUGAUGAGGGACCGCUCUUUGAACAGCAGCAGUGGGGCCCAGGAGUGGUGGGACAUCAGCAUUGCAGACUGUCCUCCUACCUCAGAGGCCUGUGGUGUGCUGCCCAUGGUGAUCUUCAAUGACAAAGUCAGCCCCCCAAGCCUGGGUUUCCUCGCAGGAUACGGGAUCAUGGGGCUGUAUGUCUCUGUGGUGCUGGUGAUUGGGAAGUUUGUGAGGGGCUUCUUCAGCGAGAUCUCUCACUCCAUCAUGUUUGAGGAGCUGCCGUGUGUCAACCGCAUUCUCAAGCUGUGCACAGACAUUUUCCUGGUCAGGGAGACGGGAGAACUGGAGCUAGAAGAGGAGCUCUACUCUAAACUCAUCUUCCUCUACCGCUCACCAGAGACUAUGAUCAAGUGGACAAGGGACAAGCUGUCCAGGGACAAUCGCUAGUCUUUACCUGGACCAUUUCCAACUGACCUAACGCUGGCACCAGUGACUCUGUCUUCACUGUGAAUCUAAGCCCUUAGCUGGGAGGGGAAAGGGAUAUUUUGUCUGUUUCUGUACAGUGCUAUUUCCCUCUGCUGCAGGGCUGUGCUGACACUGGGCCUGGGGUUGCGUGGGGCAGGGGGGGGUUCUAGAGAUUUUGCUAAGCCUCUCCAGUCACCAGGGUGGGUUAGGUGUCUUACACUUUUACCAGACUAAAAGAAGUCAGGCUGCUCAUGUCUUAAUGCCUGGUUUACGACAGAGGAUGGUCUCUAAAUGAGAUGUGAUGGCCGGGUUGACCUACAGAGCUUAAAAGCCACCUGACUGCUGACAGAUCAUGGGCUGGAUCCUUUUACUACACUGAUGAGCUCAGUGGGAACUAAUGCUGCCCACAAGGGGACAAUUUGAAAGAAAAAGGACCUAAAGUAUGAUGUUUUCCCCCCAAUCGAAACACAGUGAUAUCUUAUUCAGCCAAUUCUCUGAAUCUUGAAACUGUUUACAAACGGAAAUGCUUAAGAUGGGAAGAAAAGCUAACUAUGUACGUUGUAAUUGAUCAUAGUAACACUCGACUUGUCUUCUUGUUGUACUGCAAAUACAUUGUGGUUAAAUUACAACUGUAACACUAAUUUCAAGACUGAGGUGUUACAACUUGCGCAAUAGAAACUUUGUAAUUUCCGAGUGAGCCUACAUAUGCAUGUUUACCGUGAACGGGGUCCCUACUAACAAGGGAACAUUGUCUUUUCAUUUAAAUCGUGCUGAACUGAACUACCAUUUUAGACUAAAUAAAACCAUAUAUUUCUUAUUUAUAGCAAACUUUACAAAAUGUCAACAUACUGGAAUACCACAUAAGGCAAUAUAAUCUCUGGUAAAUAUCAUGCUGGAACAGAUUAUUAUGAAUUCUGACAUUACUUAGACCUCUGACAAAAAAGACACUGCUAUCAUUGUGCCUUGAUAUUUUUCAGAAUUGUUUUAGUAUGGUUAAACUAUUUCUUCAGCAGUUGCCAAUAUGCACAAACGCUGAAGCAAAACAUUUCCCAACUUUGUAGAAAGUAAUACUUUGUGCCAUACGUUAGCGCUCAUUCUCUGAGAACCAAGUUUUGUUAUUGUGAGAUUUAUUGUAAAAGAUACCUUAUUUUUUAUUUCCAAUACAAUGUGAUUCAGCUCCUAAAUCAAUGAAAAAUAAAAUAAUUUUUAUUCCUGUCAUGGAAACA